AUGGCCGCCUGGGUAAAGAAGGUCCCAGCACCGAGAGAGGCCAUCAUCCAUGCGAUCAGCUUCGGUCCCGACAAUCUCUUCGUCGUCGGUGAUGAUGAAGCUCUCACGGUCUACGCAGCAGCGGGCAACGGCGUCGUGCGGCGCUGGGACGACCUGUCCACGGUGCUGAGCGCCGCGCUGCUCCGGCUCGAGGACGGCGCGGUCGUCGCGGCCGGCGGCACGAUGAGAGGCGAGAUCCACUUGCGGUCGAUCGCCGGCGACGCCGCCGGCCGCGCCGCGCUCGCGUCGGGCGGCGGCGGCGUGCGCGCCCUGGCCUCCGACGGGUCGCGGCUCGUCGCCGGCGACGAGGACGGCCGGGUCCGGAUCUGGCGCGUCGACGCCGGCCUCGCACCGACGCUCGUCUUCAAGGUCGCCGCGGCGCCGCGGCCGCUCUCCGCGGCCGUCGAGGCCGUCGCGCUGCGCGGCCGGCGCCUCGCGUUGGCCUUGAGCGUCCUGGGCUCCCACGACGGCCCGCUCGUGUCGUGCUACGAGCUGCCCGAGGACGAGAGCCCCUUCGAGAUCGACCCCGAGGACAGCGACGGCGACGACGGCGACCUCGGCGACGCGCUCGCCAUCGACUACGCCGGCGAGCCGGCGGACCCCUUCGCCCCCGUGCUCGUCGCGAAGCUCGACGCGCGCGCGGACCCGGCGUCGAAGUGCGCCGACGCCUACGCCGUGGACCUCGACGGCGACCUGCUCGUCGCCGGCGGCGCCGACGGGACGCUCUCGCUGUGGCGCUGGCGCGCCGGCGCGCCGGAGCUCCUCUGGCGGGCGCGCUGCGGCACGAGCGUCAACGCCGUGUCGACGCGCGCGCGGCGCCUGCUGGCCGUCGCCGUGCCUGCCGAGGGCGACAGCGCGAUCCUCCAGCUCCGCGACGUCGGCCGCGGCGGCGCCGUCUCGGGGCCCGCGGCCCUCGCCGUGCCGCGCUGGGGCCCGACGACGACCGCGGGCGUCGCGGAGAACUGCGAGGGCUGCGGCACGUCCAUCUCCUGGACGGGCGGCUGGCAGUCGGCGUGCCCCGUCUGCGGGCCGUCGGCCGUCGUCAACGCGUGCGCGCUGUCGCCCGACGGCGCCGCGGCGCUCAACGAGGCCAUGGCCGGGUCGCCGGAGUACGAGACGGAGCCCGGCUUCGGCCCCGAGCAGAGCUGCCGGCGCUGGGUGCGGGGCCCCGGCUGCUGGGUGCGCGACGAGCCCGAGCUGCUGGAGCCGUGCAAGACCAUCCUCGAGGGCGGCACGGAGGUCCAGUGCGUCGCCGACUCGAACGACGAGUACGACGGCGUCGAGCGCGUCAAGAUCUUCAAGCCGUGCGACGGCUGGGUCGCGCGCGGCAUGAUCAGCCACGUCCGGACGCAGCGGGCGCCGCGCCCGACGAGGAAGCCGCGCAUCCUCUGCCUCCACGGGUCGCGGUCCUCGGCGAGGCUCUUCGAAAAGCAGCUGGCGCACGCGCGGGGGCUGCUGGACGCGGAGCUCUUCUUCGUCGACGGGCCGUUCCGGUCGAAGGCGGGCCCGCCGGACAGCCGCUGCAAGCCCUUCGUCGACGAGGCCGCCUGGAAGACGACGCCGAACUUCUCCUGGUGGGAGGGGGGCAAGCCCGAGGUGGCCAUGGACUGCUUCCAGCACGUCUUCGACGCGUACCACCACCACGAGUGCGACGCGCUCCUCGGCUUCUCCGGCGGCGCGGCCGUGGCCUGCCAGAUGCCCAAGUGGAUCGAGGGCGUCAAGUUCGUCGUGCUCGUCGGCGCCGUCGGCGAGAAGGCGAUCCAGUUCCUGGACAAGAACUGCCCGACGUUCCACGCGCUGGACCCGUCCGCGACGUGGGGCGCGAUGUCGCACCGCAUCUCCUUCCACUGGAAGAUCGCCACGCUCGGCAAGCACGCCGAGGGCGACAAGAUCCCCGCGGACGCCAAGGUCUACAAGAAGCUCAACGCGUUCAUGGCCGAGUUCGUCGGCGGCCACCUGCCCCACCACGAGGAGCUCUACGACCACCAGGCCGGCGACCGCAACGGCACGGUCGUCCAGCUCAACGCCGACGGCGGCUUCUCCGUCGGCGGCCGGGCGCCGUCGUCGGGCGCCGUGCUCCGCGCCGUCUAG